AUGAGGAACCACAGCACCGUCACAGAGUUCAUCCUCAUCGGACUGUCUGAUGACCCCCUCGUCGAGGCCCUGCUCUUCGUGCUCUUCCUGGGCAUUUACGUCAUGACCGUGAUGGGGAACCUGACGAUGCUGCUGGUCAUCAGGGCUGAUUCCCACCUCCACACGCCCAUGUACUUCUUCUUGAGUAACCUGUCAUUCCUGGACCUCUGCUUCUCCUGUGUCACUCUGCCCAAGCUACUCAAGGACCUCUUGUCUGAGAAGAAAACCAUCUCUGUUGAGGGCUGUCUGGCUCAGGUCUUCUUUGUGUAUAUCACCGCUGGGACUGAGGCCUUUCUGCUCUCCAUGAUGGCCUACGACCGCUACGCCGCCAUCUGCCACCCUCUGAUCUAUGGCCAGAUGAUGAGCAGCCAGCUGUGUGUGAGGCUGGUGUUACUGUCUUGGACCCUGGCCUCUCUCAACUCAAUUGUCAUUGUGCUCUUGGGUGUUAACCUGGACUUCUGUGGUGCCCGAACCAUACGCCACUACACCUGUGAGCUGCCCUCUCUCUUCCCUCUGUCCUGCUCUGACAUCUCCAUCCACAUCGACAUCUUGAUCUGCAUCAUCAUCCUGCAUGGGUUUGGAACCUUCCUCCCAGUCUUCUUCUCUUACACCCGGAUUGUCUCUGCCAUCCUGAGCAUCAGCUCCACCACAGGCAGAAGCAAGGCCUUCUCCACCUGCUCCUCCCACCUCCUUGCCGUGAUCCUCUUCUUUGGCUCAGGUUUGAUUCGCUAUCUUAUGCCCACUUCUGGUUCCUCCCUAGAUAUGCUCUCUUCCUUACAGUACAGUGCAGUCACCCCCAUGCUGAAUCCCCUCAUCUACAGCCUCAAGAACAUGGAGGUGAAAGCAGCUGUGAAAAGGGCAUGGGUAAAAUAUCUACAAUUUUUGCUACAAACAAAAGAGAGGAAAUAA